AUGUCAGCAACAGAUAAUUGGAUUAAAUUAUAUCGAUGGUGGCAAGAACAUUUAAAAUCUCAUUUUCAUUUAUCUUCAUCAAACAUAAAUGAAAAUCAUUAUAAAAAACGAAGUUCUUUAUUACAUCGUCGUUCAUCACUAAUGUUAUUUCGUUCAUCGAAUAAUACUCUUUUAAUCAAUGCUAAAAAACGAGCUUCAGUUGGUGGUGUUGAAGAACAUCAAGAAAUGGUAAAUGUCAUUAGUAAUGGUGGCUUUCGAUAUGUGCGUGAUAGUAUUCGUAACAAAAAUUCCCGAACGACACGAUCAACGACAACUGUCACGAACAAUAAGAGACGUCGGUUCCGUAAAUCAACAACGUAUGAUAUAUCAUCUGAUGAAGUUCUAUCUAGUGAAAAUAAUCUCGAAUCUUCUAAAUCUACAUCAAUGAAUCGAAUACGUCAUGGUGGUAUAAGACGUUUUUCUCUUGUUAAACUUGAAUUACCAGCUGGAGAUUCAAGUACAUCACCAACAGAUGAUUCAAAAGGUCAAAUUCCAUCGUCAAGUCCGAAUCUAAUUCAAAAAUUACUUUUUCGACAAUUUAGUCCUAAAACUCGUCCUUGUUCAACAGCACUAUCUUCUGAUGAUAAUGUCUCUACAUCAAAUGAUACACCUCCUAAUUAUGCUAGUGGUGGUCGACAUAUAACAACACCAACAACACCAAAACUUUCCUGGUCAAAUUCAACAUCAUCAAAUAAUUGUAAACAAAGUAUUGAUAUAAAAGAAAAUUUAUUAUUAUCACCACCAAAUACAAAUUUAUCAAAAAAUCAACAAUCUGAUUUAACAUCUUAUUUAUCUCGACGACGUAAUACAACUGGAAGUAUAUCAAUAAAUAAAAUUGUUGAUUUAAAAAUUACAUCAAGCGGAAAUACACUUAAAUUAAGUGCACCUUCUACAUUUGGUAGUAAUUCAAAUAAUAAAUUAUCAACUGAAAAAGAUAUUUUUCAAACUGUUGAAGAUUCAGAUUUAUUUACAACAAAACAACUUUUACAAGCUAAUGAAAAUCUUGUUAAUUCAUAUAAUGAAUAUGAUUGGUGUCCAUUAGAUAUUGCUAUUAUGUUAAAUAAUAUUCCAAUGAUUCAACUACUUGUUGAAUAUGGUGGUGAAGAAAGUACGAAAAUUCAACCUGAAGAAUGUCGUUAUCAAAGUGUUUGUCAUCAAUUGAUAAUUCUUUCUCAACAAAAUAUUGAUGAAACUAUAAAAAAAUCUUCAUCAAAUAAAUUAACAACGGAUGAUGUUCAAUUACGUCGUUCAUCACCGUCAAAUGACACUCAACAACGUCAUCGUCGAAUAAGCAAAGGCCAACAAGAACAAUUACAAAUACAACAGCAACAAUUUUAUCAACAACGUACAUUAACUUUGACACAAAUGAAAGAUAAUUACGAACAAGCAGGCAUUCCAGAUGCACCAACAAAUGUUCGUUUAAUGGUUACUGGUUCAAAUAGUAUCACUGUUACAUAUGAUGAACCACAUAGAUCUAAUGGAGCUAUGGUUAUUAAAUAUAAAAUUGAAUGGUGUACAAAUGAAAAUUUUGAUGAAAAUUCUUCAUCUGAUGGUAUUAUUCAUAGUGAUAUUGUUAAAAAUUGUUUUCUUCGUGAAUAUGUUAUUCGAGAUUUACCUAUUGGACAAAAAUGUUAUGUACGUGUAUCAGCUGGAAAUCUACGUGGAUUUGGUCCACCAGCUAUUGCAAAUCCACCUUAUUGUGUUCCAUCAAGUUGGCGUGAAUUUUCAAAAACAUCACGUCCAAAUGUAUGUGAUUUACGUUUUGAAGAAAUUCUUAAUAAAAUACGACCAGAAAAAAUUAUUUAUGAACGUGGAGGUAUUGGUACAGCAUUAUCAAAUACAUAUUAUACAAAUAAUGGAACAUUCGAUGGAAAUGAAUCACCUGAAAUGUCAAUGUCUGUAAAUUCAAUGAGAACUCGUCGUCGAAGUUAUGGAAAUCUUCGACGAAAUCUUCGACAAUUAUUUCAACUUUAUCCUCGUUUAGCUAAAACAAUGAAACGAGGUCUUUAUUUAGUAUCAGUUAUGUUAAAUGGUGAAAAAAUUUUAGUAACAAAUGAAGAUGUUCUACCUAUGGUUGAAGUUGAUGAAAAUUAUGGUCAUAAUUUAUUAGGAGAUUUUCAAUGGUUUAUGAAAUUAACAUUUGUUUGGGAUGAUUUAAAAACAUUAAGACCUGAUUUCGAACGAUGUUCAAGUGCAACAACAUUUUAUCUUCGAAUGAAACUUGUUCAAGCUGCUAUUGAACUUCAAACAUUAGAAGAAAUAAAUAAUCUUGGUCGUCUUCAUCAUACAUAUAUUCGUGAUAACGAUGGAAAUAUAGCAUUUAUAUUAAUUAAUGAUUUAUCAUCAAAUAAUUCAAGUGAUACACGAAUAAAUAAUUGUCCACCAAAUUUAAAAUGGAUAUCAAUAACAAAAUUUUAUGAAACAACCAAAGAAACAGAAUCAUUAACAAAUAAUUCUUCACUUCAACAAAUCACCGAUAAACUCCCGGAUAUGAUUGAUUUUUAUCAUGCAUCAAUGCGUCGUCUUGAUUCUGGUUUAUAUGUUGCUUAUUUAAAAAUGCAAAAUAGUGUUGAUUGUGUACGUGUUAUGGUUAAUAAAUAUAUGCCUGGUUCACUACCAUGUACAAGAAUUCGUUCUGUAGCUAAUGUAUCAAGAGAAGAAUGGGAAUGGUUACAUAAAAAUUCUAUUAAUCAUAAUAAUGAUGAAACAACAACAGAAAAUGUACAUGAUGAAAAUGGUCUUUCACUUUUUAAGAUACAAUUUCAAGAAGCUGCUAAAGAAUUGUGUCUUAUGCUCAAUCUUCCAGAAACUCAUUUUUCAAAUAGUCGAAUAUAUGAUGCUCAAGUUGUUGAAAUUCGUGAUGAUCUUUCUUUAAUAAUAUUAAUGUCAACAGCUGAUGAAGUUAAUAUACUUUCAACUCCAUCAACAUCAAAUCAACGUCAUUCAAUAUCAAAUGAUUGUUUAACACCAUUUAUGUAUUUACCUGUGUAUAUAUUUGAAGUUUUACAACAUUUAAGUAAUAAUUAUCGUUUUAUAUCACAAUAUAGUCGUGUAUCAAUAUGUCUUGAUUUUGAAUUAAUAUGUGCACAACAAAGUCAACGUGAAGCAUUUUCAAUAAAUGAAUUAGAUGAAUCACGUUAUCGUCUUAAUCAUUUAUUAUCAUGUCAACAAGAUUUAGAUGAUAUAUGGCGUUCAUCACGUUGGCUUGUUGAUGUUAUAAAUUGUGCAAAAGAUAAAUCAUAUGCUGGUAUAUCACUUAAAUCAUGGUUAACAUUUCAACCAUCAUCAAAUAUACAAUUAAAAAUUAUAACAACUGAUUCUUCAUCAUCAAAUUAUGCAUCUGAUUCUGAAUUACAUACAGUUAAAUUUUCAAAUUCAACAUUAACAUUACCAACAACAAUAACAUCAACAUCAUUAUCAGCAUCAUUUUUAAAUGAAACAUCAUUAAUUAAAAAUUUUGAUAGUGGUUUUAUUGAUCAUGAUUUAAAUAAUGUUGAUCGAUUUUUAACAAGUCGUCCAUCAUCAAUAUCAACAAGUGAAUCAAAUGAUCCAAUUGAAUUAACAUUUUACAUUCCUAUAUUAACAUCAAAUACAUUAACACCAUUUAAAUUACGUACAAAUAAAAUGAUAACAUUAAAUGAAUUAUUAAAAAUAAUUUUAAAACAACAAAAUAUUUUAUUAAAAUCUUUAUCAACAUCAUCAUCAUCAUCAUCACCAUCAUCAUCAUCAUCAUCAUCAUCGUAUGUUUUUAUGUGGAUACGUUCAAAUGGUCGUGAACAAAUUCUUGAUGAUAAUUUAACAGCUGGAGAAAUUGAAAAACGUUUAAUAUGUCAUGGUGGACAAAUACAUUUACGUUCAAAAGGUUUAUCAUUAUCACGUUCAACUCAACCACUUAAUCGAUUAUCAUCACCACGUUUAUCACCAACAACACAAACAGCAUCUAAUACAAAUACUUCCAAUAAUAAUUCAAAUGUACCUGGAUCGAAUUUAAGUUUAAAUAUUUAA